CACAGGUCACCCUUCCACCACAUCACCACGCUAAAAUCCCACAUCCACACGCGAGUUGGACACAACCGCAGCCCAGCGUCUCUCACGGUUGAGGCAAUUAGCCAUGCCGCCGCCGGAGGAGGAGGAGAAGCCGCUGCCUCGGCCGAAGCCGCCCAAGCCCAAGGCGGGGCCGGAGCCGAGGCCGAAGCCGCCGCGGCCGCUGCCUCAGCGGGACGGGACGCCCGGCGGCGUUCCCUUCCUGCCGCACCCUUUCGCCUGCGCCAAUAACUGCUCCGACUCGUGCGCCUUCUACCGCCUCUGCCCGCCGCCGCCGCCGGCGUCCCCUGCCGCCACUGUGCACCUUAGCUCGAGCCGGCUGCCGACGCCGCUCAUCGCGCUCUCGGCGUCCCUGCUCGCAGUCUCCGCAGUGCUCCUCCUCGCGCUGCUCGUCCACCGCCUCGUGCGGCGGCGGCGGCGGCGGGCGCGGAACGCGGCGCCGGGGCUGGACCAGGACGAGGAGGAGGGCGGCCAGGUGCUGGCUGGCGCGGUGGCGGAGGGGGCGGGCGACGGGGAGGAGGAGGCCGACGGCGCUGGGGUGCACCACGUGUGGUACAUACGGACCAAGGGGCUCGACGAGCGCGCCAUCGCGGCGAUCGCCGCGGUGGUCUACGACGCCAAGAAGCGCGGCGCCGGCGCGCUCGACGGCGGCGACGGCAGCUGCGCGGUGUGCCUCGCGGAGUUCCGGGACGGCGAGACGCUGCGCCUGCUGCCGCGGUGCGGCCACGCGUUCCACCGCGGGUGCAUCGACACCUGGCUCCGCGCCCACGUCAACUGCCCGCUCUGCCGCGCUCCCGUCCAGGUCGCCGGCGCCGCGGCCGCCAACACCGCGCCGGGCGCGGCCGCGGCCACGGCCACUCCAGGCGGUGAGCCGGAGCCAGAUCUUGGAGCCACCGGUGCCCCUCGGCGGGCAGAGGACGCCGAGCGCGGCGGCGUGCCGGACCGCGCCGUCAGGCGGGCCGCGUCCAUGGUGGCGCUGCCGCGGCGGGCGUGGCCGGACGUCUCGUUCCGGGCGCCGGCGUCGAACAGCGGGAGGGAGGAGGAUUUGACGGGGCUCGGCAAGAUCAUGAGGCUUCUGAAAUUCUCAGACUCGCUGGAGAUGGCUCGCGUCGGGGCAGGGAGGUCGGCGUCGUUCGGCGCCGGGAGCUGCCAGCGCUUGCCGACAAGGUCCGGGCCCUCGGCCGCCGGCGUCAGCUCCGGUGAGAUCGCACAGUGAACCGGUUGACACCGACGACGGCGACGACAAACUGAUCGGAUAAAAGUUGCAGCUUUGGAGCUUGGAGGGGUGAAAUUGGGGUUGGUUUGCGAAGUUUUGUGUGUCACAGGGGAAGAUUCAAGUGCAGGCACCACAUCAAGAUAAAAGUGUACAAUAUGGAAGCAGGUGAAUAGCUUGUCGAUCAUGCCAACCAGGGAAUUGUUCUGCUCCAAAUUCUAAUCCAGAAUGAAUUGGAUGCUCUCCGAACCCUGUUCACCAAAAGGAAACGAAACCCAAGCAUUGUGAAUGCACCUGGUGAAGCCUUAUUGGAUUUGCCUGCCCAGCAGGGUUCUCAAGGAAGCUCUAGCUGACAAGCCACCACAACUACCCUGGCAGGCCAUGUCUCUGUCAGGGUACUAACACCGCGUUGAAACGAUGCUUCCGUUUGCAACGCUAAUGGUGUGAGGUUAAAGUAGGCAGGGUUGGCGUAGCUCAGUCACCUCUGAAGGCAGUGUGCAUCGAUUGUUUGGACCGGACGGUUGUUGCAGGUCGUUGUGGGUCAUCAAGUGAGAUGUGGAAGUUGCAGUGUGUGUCUCUGCUGUUGGCUGUGGGUGAAGCUUCUCUGGGAUGGAGUGAGGGGCAUCAAACCAAUUAGCUUCAAGUUUUGAAGUGCUUUUCUUUUUUUUUCCUAAAAGGAAUUUAGGUGCACCUCUCACAAUUCAUUUAGGUUUAGGAUAAGGUCAUGCACAGUGCAUAUGUUGACCCUUUUGGGAUGUCUGUUUUCAA